GUCACACUCAGGAGCCGUUUACUCCCUUCCCAGACACGCAGUGUAGUCAUACUCAUGCUAGUAUAGAUUAGGUAAAGAUUGUCGGUUCAAAAAACCAUUGCGUUAAUACGUCAUUACGUAGGGAUUACGUACGUAUACGAUACUUAUUACAGACAGAGUACAAGGGAAAACUCUGUACACAACCAAAUCGUAGUUUAUUUAAUAAACUUUGAUGUUUUAACACUGUCGCUUGUGUCCGAUGAAUAUAAAGGUUAUACAAGAAUGAAGGCCGGGGUUUGGAGAGAUAGUUGGCUCAGAUAAGAAUUGGACCUGGGCAUUUUCCUCCCAUGAUGAAACGGCGGCACAUGUCAGAGGGCCAAGCAAAGUUGGGGGCGGGGCAGCAGUAUGCCAGAGCCCACAACGCAGAAGCAGUGACCAGGACCAAGGGAGGCAGCAUGAGGUCCAGCCUUAUGGGGCAGAUCCUUCCUAUCUAUGGUGUCGGGAUAUUCCUUUACAUCCUCUAUGUUCUCUUGAAGAUCACUUCAAAGGGAAAUAACACCAAGCCAGAUAACCAGUUUCCUGUGCUGAAGUCCGGAAACAUCAAGAGAAAAAUAACUGAUUAUGAGCUGGAACAGCUUCAGGGGAAACUGAAGGAAACAGAGGAAGUAAUGGAGCACAUCAUGUCCAAAGCAGGCCACCAUUCCAGACGCGAGCGCAGGGCAAGACGCACUGCCCGGGAGCAAGAGCAGAAACUGCUGCGGCAGCUGAAGGAGAUCGCCCGUGUCAUGCGGGAGGGCCAGCUGGUGGAUGGGAUUUCACCUGAAAUCGAGGCUGAGCACACGCACUAUGCCGAGGACUGGGAAGGCUAUCCCGAGGAGACCUACCCACAGUACAGCGAGCCCUCCAGCAGGUGGAACUGUGGGACCAUCAUCGUGGAGGAGACCGACAAUCAGCAGCCUACUGCAGAGGAGCAGGCCGAGAGGAUGCAGACAGAGUCGCAGGGUGAUGAGGAGGAAGAAAAGGCGGGACCAGACCAGCCACCAGAUGAGGAACUAGAGGAAGAGGGGGAGGAGCCACAGGAACAGCCCUGUACGCCGGAGGCUUUGUGCACAGACACGGCUACAGAGGAAGAGGAGGAGAAUCCUGCAGAGAAGGAGGCAAAGCUAUGCAGAGGAAUAAAGCAGAUUACCUUCAGCAACAAGCAUGAGGUGUUCUGCUAUCUGGAGGAGAGCUCUGAUGACAGUGACGACACCCAGGAGGCAGGCUCGGUGAAGGGUGAGGAUGAAGAAGAUGAUCCUGUGGCAGUGGCAGAGAGCCUGAGGUUCAGCAGUGAAGCCUGCAGCAACCAUGAGAGACAGCAGGACCCAGAGGAAGAGGAGGACACGGAGGAACAGACGGAGCCAGAGCAGACGGACCUGGAGGACUCGGAUGAGCUCCUCAACACAGGCGAUUCCGAGGAUGAGUGCAGUGCUGAACUGGCGAUUGCUGAGGAACUGGGAUUCGGGUCUCUUCGGAAGCGUAACAGGAGAGAGCCAUAGUAGCAGACUGCAGUACAACUUACUUUUCUGAGUAAUUGUGAUUCCUCCCAACCUGACCUUUGCAAAAAUCCGACUGGGUACCCACAGGUUUCACCUUUCUUAGAAUCCCUCUGUGCAGUCAGAAUGCAGAGAAUUCAUUUCUGAGUUUAGACUUGGCUUCUUAAAGACCAUUAGUUCUCCCAGUUUUUACUGCAUCUCCAUUCAUAUGUCCCUGGUCUUUUUGAGACCCAACUGCUGAGAGUGACCUGUGGACAUGGCUGGGUCCUAUAAAAGGAACAGGAAUAGGGCAGCAAAAUGCAGGACAGUGUAUAAGAUAGGCUAGGACCUGGUUUAAACCUUAAUAUUAAAACCUUAACUUUUAAAUUAAUGUUUUUUAUUUUUU